AUGCAAAACCAGACCAUUGUCACUGAGUUCAUACUUCUGGGACUUUCACAGAACCCAAAAGUUGAGAAAAUACUAUCUGUUUUGUUUUUCUUGGUCUACCUUGCAACUAUUGGAGGAAACAUCAUAAUUGUGGUAACAAUUGUAUUCAGUCCUUCACUUUCUGGCUCCCCCAUGUACUUCUUUCUAUCUUUUCUAUCCUUCCUGGAUGCAUGUGUUUCUUCCGUAAUCACACCCAAGAUGAUUGUUGACUUCUUCUAUGAGAGGAAGACCAUUUCCUUUGAAUGUUGUAUGAUACAACUCUUUGCUGUCCACUUCUUCACAGGGGUGGAAGUGAUUGUCCUGUCAGCCAUGGCCUAUGACCGCUAUGUGGCUAUUUGCAAGCCCUUGCACUACUCUUCCAUCAUGACCCAGAGACUCUGUGGCAUCCUAGUCGGAGUAGCUUGGGCAGGAGGCUUCUUGCAUUCUAUCAUACAAAUUAUCUUCACUUUGCAGUUGCCCUUCUGUGGCCCCAAUGUUAUUGAUCAUUUUGUUUGUGACUUGUUCCCAUUACUAAAGCUUGCCUGCACCAAUACACACAUUUUUGUCAUUUUGGUAUUUGCCAAUAGUGGUUCUAUCUGCAUCAUUAUCUUCUCUAUUUUGCUUGUUUCCUAUGGUGUCAUCUUGUUCACUCUGAGAACCCACAGUUCUGAAGGGCGGCGUAAAGCUCUCUCCACCUGUGGAUCCCACAUUACUGUUGUGCUUUUGUUCUUUGUCCCUUGCAUAUUAAUAUAUGCACGAAAUAAUUCUGAAUUCUCAUUUGAGAAAAAUGUGUUUAUAUUUGAUGAUGUCCUGACACCAAUGCUAAACCCUUUGGCUUACACUUUCAGGAAUAAGGAAAUGAAGAAUGCCAUCAAGAAAAUGUGGAGGAGAUUGUUUAAUAUUUCUGAUAAGCAUUAA